UGGUCCGGCGCUUAUGGUCCAUCCGCGGUAUCUCCUGCUACUGGUCCACCGUCACCGCUGGAAUAAAGGAUCUGUCCCACAAUAGUGAUUACCACGUCACCAUGGCCCGCUGGACACCCUCCACCCUCUUCUCUCCAUCCUUAGCCGUCGUUAUGGUGACCCUCCUCCUGCUGCUGCAGACCUCCUGGGCCGCCGGCCUGGACCACGCCCCUGACGGCUCCGUCUCCAUGGUUCCCACCAGCCGUAACUGCAGCGAGGCGGAGCCGUGCUCCCGGGGGGUCCUGCUUCCCGUCUGGGAGCCCCGGAACCCGUCCUCGGGGGACAAGGUGGCCCGGGCCACCGUGUACUUCGUGGCGCUGGUCUACAUGUUCCUCGGCGUGUCCAUCGUGGCCGACCGCUUCAUGGCCUCCAUCGAGGUCAUCACCUCGCAGGAGAAGGAGAUCACCAUCAAGAAGCCCAACGGGGAAACCAUGACGACCACCGUGCGGAUCUGGAACGAGACGGUGUCCAACCUCACCCUGAUGGCGCUGGGCUCCUCGGCGCCGGAGAUCCUGCUGUCCGUCAUCGAGGUGAUCGGCCACGGCUUCGCGGCGGGGGCCAUGGGCCCAGCCACCAUCGUGGGCUCCGCCGCCUUCAACAUGUUUGUCAUCAUCGGCAUCUGUGUGUACGUGGUUCCGGACGGGGAGACCAGGAAGGUGAAACACCUGCGGGUCUUCUUCGUCACCGCGUCGUGGAGCAUCUUCGCCUACAUCUGGCUGUACCUCAUCCUGGCCGUGAUCUCCCCGGGGGUGGUGCAGGUCUGGGAGGCGCUCCUGACACUCUUCUUUUUCCCCAUCUGUGUGCUGUUCGCCUGGAUCGCUGACCGCCGCCUGCUCUUCUACAAAUACAUGUACAAACACUACCGGGCGGGCAAGCACCGCGGGAUGAUCAUCGAGACCGAGGGAGACCGCCCUCUGCCCUCCAAGGUGGACAUUGAGAUGGACGGGAAGAUGCUGAACUCUCACGGUGUCGACUUCCUGGACGGUCCUCUGGGUCUGGAGCUGGAUGAGAAGGAUCUGGACGACGAAGAGACCAGGAGAGACAUGGCCAAAAUCCUGAAGGAGUUGAAACAGAAACAUCCUGACAGAGAGGUGGAGCAGCUUAUAGAGCUGGCCAACUAUCAGGUCCUUAGUCAGCAGCAGAAGAGUCGAGCCUUUUACCGUUGCCAGGCAACCAGGCUGAUGACGGGCGCGGGCAACAUCCUGAAGAAGCACGCGGCGGACCAGGCCCGCAAGGCGGUCAGCCUGCAGGAGGUGCGCUCGCUGGCGGGCGACGGCGACCCCGUGACCCGGGUGUUCUUCGAGCCCAGCUCCUACCAGUGUCUGGAGAACUGCGGCACGGUGGCGGUGACACUGGUCCGCCAGGGGGGAGACCCCGACCGGACCCUGACCGUGGACUACCGCACCGAGGACGGCACGGCCAACGCGGGCUCCGACUACGAGUUUACCGAGGGGGUGGUGGUCUUCAAACCCGGCGAGACGCUGAAGGAGGUCCGCGUGGGCAUCAUCGACGACGACAUCUUUGAGGAGGACGAGAGCUUCCUGAUCCACCUGUCCAACCUGAGGCUCCUGGCUCCGGACGGGGAGCCGUCCGAGGGGACCGCCCCCGACCCCUCCGUGGCCUGCCUCGGCCCCGCCUCCACCGCCACCGUCACCAUCUUCGACGACGACCACGCCGGGAUCUUCACCCUGGAGGAGGCGGUGUGCCACGUGAGCGAGAGCGUGGGCACCGUGGAGCUGAAGGUGCUGCGGACCUCUGGGGCGCGCGGCGUGGUCACGCUGCCCUACAAGACCCUGGAGGGGACGGCCCGCGGCGGCGGCGAGGACUUUGAGGACGCCCACGGUGUCCUGGAGUUCAACAACGACGAGAUCUUUAAGAGCAUCAAGGUGCGGAUCAUUGAUGAUGAGGAGUAUGAGAAGAACAAGACGUUCUACCUGGAGAUCGGAGCGCCUCACCUGGUGGGAAACAAAGACUCCAAAGGUCAAAGACCGCAUAAGGGAGAGGAGGAGGAAGAGGAGGUCCUGGAGGAUGAAGAGCAGCGUCGUGUGGCUGAAAUGGGACGGCCGAUGUUAGGAGACCACGUCAAGAUGGAGAUCAUCAUCGAGGAAUCAUACGAGUUCAAGAACACGGUAGAUAAGCUGAUCAAGAAGACCAACCUGGCUCUACUGGUGGGGACCAACAGCUGGAGAGACCAGUUCAUAGAGGCCAUCACGGUCAGCGCUGGUGAGGAUGAUGAUGAUGAGGACUGUGGGGAGGAGAAGCUGCCUUCGUGUUUCGACUAUGUGAUGCACUUUCUAACCGUCUUCUGGAAAGUUCUGUUUGCCUUCGUCCCUCCGACAGACUACUGGAACGGCUGGGCCUGCUUCGUGGUGUCCAUCUGCAUGAUCGGCCUGCUCACGGCCUUCAUUGGAGAUCUUGCUUCUCACUUCGGCUGCACAGUUGGACUGAAAGACUCGGUCACCGCUGUGGUCUUUGUGGCCUUAGGAACCUCUGUACCAGACACAUUUGCAAGUAAGGUCGCAGCGAUACAAGACCAGUAUGCAGACGCCUCUAUUGGGAACGUGACGGGCUCUAAUGCUGUCAACGUCUUUCUGGGCAUCGGGGUGGCGUGGUCCAUCGCGGCCAUCUACCAGAACAGCCAGGGCCGCGAGUUCAGGGUGGACCCGGGCCCGCUGGCCUUCUCCGUCACGCUCUUCACCAUCUUCGCCUUCAUCAGCGUGGGCGUGCUGAUGUACCGGCGGCGGCCCGACAUCGGGGGGGAGCUGGGGGGGCCGCGGACCGCCAAGGUUCUGACCACCAUGCUCUUCGUCAGCCUGUGGCUGCUCUACAUCCUGUUCUCCUCUCUGGAGGCCUACUGCCACAUCAAGGGCUUCUGAGGGGGGGCCGGAGACCACCAGGACAGCUCCUGCUCCUCCUCCUUCUCCUCCUCAUGGUCCUCCUCCUCC